AUGACUCAACUCUGGAACAUGCUGCUGCACUUCUUGCUGUUGACUCUGCUUGUGGCGCUAAUUGCGGCGCAGACCAACUACUGCGAUCCGGAAUGGUGUCGUCGCGGUUCACGGCACAUAGCCUGCAACAAUAAUGGGAGCUGGCAUGCAGCCUGUCCGACCAGGCCGGCACCCGUACUGGUUCCCAUGACGCUGGGUCUGCGUCGCCUCAUCCUAAGGGCGCACAAUACGCGGCGCAAUCAGUUGGCGGGCGGGAAUCUGCGCGGUUUUCCGUCGGCGCUUCGCAUGGCCACCAUGCUGUGGGAUGAGGAGCUGGCGCGGCUCGCCGAUCUUAAUGUGCGACAGUGCACCAUGGAGCACGAUGACUGCCACAACACGCCGCGGUUUAGAGCGAGUGGCCAGAAUCUGGCCUAUAUUGCCUAUCCGGGUCGGCGCCGGGCAAGAAGCGACGCCCAACUGAGUGCGCAGUGCAUCGCAAUGUGGUGGAACGAGCACAGAGGCGCCACCAUCGCCCAGAUAAACCGCUAUCCAGAGAUCUCAGCACGGGUUAUUGGCCACUUCACGGCCAUGGCUCAGAUGAACAACACCCAUUGUGGCUGUGCGGCGGCACGUUAUUUGAGGAAUCGUCGUAACGUCUACCUAUUCGCCUGUAACUAUGCUACGACCAACUGGAUCGGUCGACCGGUUUAUGUGGCGGGUCGCAGAGCCUCGGCCUGCAGCACGGGCAGGAAUAUCAAUUUCCCAGCCCUGUGUAGUCUGGCGGAAGUCUACAGCGUCUAA